AAAAAUAAUUAUAAAUGUUUGAAUAAUUGUAGUGGCACUCAUAUUCAAAUCAUUUGGCUUUAUCUUUUACUGUUAACCAUUAUUUGAACACAAAUGAUCUAUAUUACAUGUUUUUCAGUUGUCAGUGAAAUUGUAUUUUGAUAUUAUCACAGUUAAAAUAUAAAACAAAAUUUUCACAAAAGUAGCUAGACUAUAUGUGAAUGCAGAUGAAAAGAAUAUAUAUCAUGAAUACACUUUCGUCAAAAUAUAUGUACACUCCGUCACAAGUUAAAUGUGCUUCAUUACAAUAAGCACAUGAAUUUUGGCACAUGUAAUAAAAUUUUGUGAAAUUAUAAAGAAUUAUUUUCAACAAGAUCAAUGCGAUAUCAUGAAUGACAGAGCAUGUUUUAAUCUGGCAAAGAUUUGUAAAACCAACUGAAAAAAACACACUAAAAAGCAUGUAAUAAAUUGAUAUUUGUUUGUCUUGUAUGUAAUAUCAAAUUAUAUUUCACUUGUGAACACCAGAUUAUAUAUUUUUACUUGUUUUCUUGAAAAUAUUUCAUUUGGUGUUCACUCUGUGAAAGAUAUUUCGAUUUACAUGCAAAACAAAUAUUCUCUUAAGAAUAUAUAAUAAUUCAUGCAAAUUAUGGCAGGUCAGUUAUUUUCAUAUUGAAAGUAAAUUAUGUUUUGUAGAAUCAUACAGAGGAUGAUGUCAUAGAGUCGAUGAUUACAAUAAAGAAUAGUGUUAUCAAAGGGUAUCAUGAGUUUAAGAUACGACCACCAUUACAGUUAACAUUACGUGUGGACCGAGAGUAUACAAACAUUCAUGAUGUCAGUGCAUGCCUUGUAUGGUUACCAGAUACUGUUAGUGAUAAUGAUCAACUUGAUUUUGUGACUGAUUCAAAAAGAGGUCUUCGGUUGAAAGAUAUUCUAGGUCUACCUUGUGGUCAUGUCCCACGAGGCAUUGCCCCAGCAUUUCGCUAUAUACUAGAUAAUGGUGGAAGAAUUGAAGUUAAAACCACAGGAGACCCUGUGCCUAGUUUUUAUCCAUGGCCGGAUGUGAAGGAGAAGGGUGGGGGCAUUGUAAUACCUUGUGAUUAUUUUAUCUACACCAACAAUAAGACUGCUCAUGUGACUGUAAUAAAACAUCAUAUUUCCUUGAUGUCAGAGAAAGAUGCCAUGGCUGUUGUCUAAAGUUUAUUUUACAUGUCAUGGAUAUAAGACCUAUAUGAAUAUAUAGCAUACAUGUGUUUUGCUUUACAUAUGUACAGAAACUGUAUUUUAAUCUUGAAACCUUUAAUUGGAUUUUAUUAGAAAAUAUUAAAGUUGAACUUUGAUUAAACAUGUGUAUUUUUCUUUCAUUCAAGUCACAGGUACCCAGCACAGUGUUGGGACAGUUUAAAAAAGUAA